AUUUAUGAAUCAUAGUAAUUUUUCAUUUGAAAUAAAGAAGAUUUAAAGAAAAUUAAUUUACGCAUUAAUACGGAAGUUUAUAGACAUAAAUUAAUUAUUUGUUGUUUGUUAAUUGAGUGUACAUACUAAAUAUAUAAAAAUGUCCUUUUUCAAGAACCUAUUUGGGGCGAAAAAACAAGAACCAGCUCCAUCGACAUCCGAAAGUAUUCAAAAAUUGCGUGAUACAGAAAAUAUGCUAUUGAAGAAACAAGAGUUUUUCGAACAAAAAGUUGAGCAGGAACUUGAAAUAGCAAAGAAAAAUGCAUCCGCAAAUAAAAGGGUUGCACUUCAAGCAUUAAAAAGAAAGAAGAGAUACGAGCAACAGCUAGAACAACUUCAGGGUACAUUAACUACAAUCGAAACACAGCGAGAAGCUCUAGAGAACGCAAAUACUAACGCAGCUGUAUUAGAUACAAUGAAAGGAGCAUCUGAUGCACUUAAAAAAUCACACAAGGAUAUGAAUAUUGACAAUGUCCAUGAAAUGAUGGACGAUAUUGCAGAACAAAAUGAUAUUGCUAAUGAAAUUUCUAAUGCUAUUUCAACUGGCAUCAUUUCGUCUGGCGUCGAUGAAGAUGAAUUGGCUAAGGAAUUAGAAGAAUUGGAGCAAGAGACCUUAGAUUCAGAACUCCUCAAUGUCACUCCGACACCAAGUAAAUUGCCGGAUGUUCCAAGUACCGAUUUACCAACAGCUUCAAAGGAGAAGAAAAAGGCGAAACCCGUUGCUGCCGAGGAUGAUGAAGAUCCAGACAUGAAGGAACUUAUGCAAUGGGCAAACUGAGCAGUUUAUGCCUGAUAAAUUUUCCAAAAAGAAAGAGUUUAAAAGUUUGAUAUGAAUAAUAAUAUUAUUUAAUCCAAAUGAAAUGCUAAAGCCUCCUAUUCAAAAAGUAAUUGUAAUGUUUGUAUUUUAUGUAGCAUCAUGGUGGUAAAUUAAAGGAAUGCUUGGGAUGUUAGAUGGAGAUGCUUUACAUAUUUUACAAAUCUUGCUCAUAUUUUAUUAUUAUCCUCUAUGUAUUUUUUUCACACAUAGUUUCAUCAUAUUUUAUUUUUAUUUGGUCCUUGUGCUAAUAAUUAAGUAUAAAAGAAAAUUAAGGAAAAGAAAAAGAUUUAAAGAAAUCUGUUUAAAAGGGCUAAAGAUCGCAUAUUGACGAUAGUCUUCAAAAAUAACAAUUUAACAACAAUGUAAAUAAAUGUUAUAUUUUACAAGAAAAUAAUGGAUAGCUAUGUACUGAAAAUAAGGAGAUUUUUUUGAAAAAAAGAUUUGAGUCAUCGAGAAUUCAUU